GUGACUGGGGGAAAAAGGAAACAACAGUACAGAAAUUCCACCCAACCGUUCCUGACCCCCUUUGGAAGGCUUCACCGGCUGUCCAGUUGUCCCGUCUAUCUUCUCAACCACUAGCCUCGUCUUCCUCCUCCUCCGUACUCUCUCAUCCUCCACAACACAACCCGCCGCUCCCACCUGGAUCUCAUCGUUCUAUUUCUCUUACAGCUUACCCACAACUCGUCCCAGACGCGUAAUCGAUAGCGUUUAUCCUUCGAAGGACUUCCGCGUCUCAUCUUGCACUCGUUCCCCCAAUACUCGCUCGCGUCCAAGGCAGGGUCGAAAGAAAGAAGAAAAAAAAUCAAUUAAAAGACUAUACACGAUGGCGCAGACUCAGCAGGCCCCUAGCACUAUCUAUCCCCAGUCCCAUGUCGGCUUCGACAGCAUCACUUCUCAAAUCGAGAAGAAGCUGCUGAAACGGGGAUUCCAGUUCAAUGUCAUCUGUGUUGGCCAGACUGGACUCGGCAAGUCAACGCUGAUCAACACCAUCUUCGCGUCGCACCUGAUCGACUCCAAAGGCCGCAUGCAACCUGACGAGCCCAUCCGCUCCACCACCGAGAUCAAGGGUGUCUCUCACAUCAUUGAGGAGAACGGCGUUCGUCUACGGCUCAACAUCGUCGAUACCCCUGGCUACGGUGACCUCGUCAACAACGACCGCUGCUGGGACCCCAUCGUCAAGUAUAUCAAGGAUCAGCACUCCGCUUACCUACGCAAGGAGCUCACGGCCCAGCGCGAGCGCUAUAUCCAGGACACCCGCAUCCACUGCUGCCUUUUCUUCAUCCAGCCCUCCGGCCAUUCUCUCAAGCCCAUUGAUAUUGUUGUGCUCAAGAAGCUUUCCGAUGUGGUCAACGUCGUGCCCGUCAUCGCCAAGGCUGACUCCCUCACCUUCGAGGAGCGUCAGGAGUUCAAGGCGCGUAUCAAGGAGGAAUUUGCUUUCCACAACCUGAAGAUGUACCCCUAUGAGAACGAAGAGUUUGACGAUGAGGAGCGGGCUGUGAACUCGCAGAUCAAGGCCAUGAUUCCCUUCGCCGUCGUCGGCUCGGAGAAGUCCAUUAUCGUCAACGGCAAGCAGGUUCGCGGCCGCCAGAACCGCUGGGGCGUUAUCAACGUCGAGGACGAAAGCCACUGCGAGUUCAUCUACCUACGGAACUUCCUGCUUCGCACACACCUCCAGGACCUCAUUGAAACCACUUCCCAGAUCCACUACGAGACCUUCCGCGCGAAGCAACUCCUUGCGCUCAAGGAGAGCAGCGCGCAUGGUGGUGGUAGCAGGCCCAUCAGCCCUGCUGCUGAGCGUGAGAUGAGCCGUGGGUCCCAAAGAGUGAACGGCUACUAGACAACGGCGAAUGCAGCAGCUUGAUGUUUCUCGAGGCCUUGUGGUCUCUUAAAACCUAGCACGGCACGUCGCAAGAAGUCGUCCGCGGAAUGGGGGAUGCCUCUUAAUGACUUUGAAAACACUUUUUGACUUGGGGUGCUUUUUUAUGCACAAUACCAUGUGGCGAGCGACGCUGGACACUUGAACCUUGGACACACGAGCUGAAUAAAGUAGGCGGGCAGCGGGUACGUGGGUCUGUAGGAAAGGAGUGGAAGCAAACAAAAAAAGAGUGCAAUGGCGCGGCGCGAGGAUAAUGGUCAAUACCCCCCCGACCUUGGGCCUCAUCUCAUGGUCGUUGGUGUGUGUCUUAUUUUCUUUUUUUCUUUUCUUUUACCAAACAGCAUUUGUGUAGUUUAUUCUCUCUCCACUGUUCUUUUUUUUUCUCGUCUCU